CCAUACACCGUUGACCACUUCAAUGGCUUCGCGCUCGUCUUCUUCUUCUUCUUCACCACACAAAGCCACAAUCUUUUGAAUUUUCCUCUUCCCUUUCUUUCACCAUCAUCUCUCUCUCGGAUCCAUGGCCUAUAACAAUUUCACCCGCCUCGAUGCUCAAUCCGCCGCCAAGAAAGCCGUCUCAGUGAUCGGAUUAGGUUACUAUCUCUGCUCCGAUGUUCGUUUCUCCGCUUGUAAAACUACACCAGACGGUUCCAGGUUAGUCGAAAUCGUCCCGACCCGGAACCGUGACUUAGUCUUCCCCGGUGGGAUCGUCGUUAACAACGUCUCGAGCUCGAUUAAGUGCGAUAAAGGCGAACGUACUCGAUUACGCUCCGAUAUACUCUCUUUUAAUCAGAUGUCGGAGAAGUUUAAUCAAGAUAUGUGUCUCUCCUGGAAGAUUCCGUCGGGGAUGUUUAAUAAUAUGUUUGCGUUUAGUAAAUGUUGGCCUAAAGAUGCGAGCUCUGUGAAGAAUUUAGCUUAUUGGUUCAUUAGCUUGUAUAUACGUGUUGAGAUUGUUAGGAAGCAAUUGACUCUACGUGAUGAAGUGAAACGUGAGGUUCCUUCUUCUUGGUACUCAUGUAGUUGUUGGAGUGAGUACUAAAUUUUAAAUUUAGUUGUUCCGGUUGAUCCAGGGACAACUACUAAUAAUCCAGGGACAACUAUGUGAUAAACCAAGGACAACUACUAAUAAUACAGGGACAACUAUAUGAUAAAUCAAGGACAACUACAUAUAAGUCGAAGUUGUACCGGUUGAACCAAGUACAACUACCAUUACGGCAGGUACAAAUACUAAUAAGAUUUCAUGAAAACACAAAUCCAUAUUCCAAAAACACAAAUCCAUAUCCAAAAUACAAAUUCAAAUAUUACAAAGACUAGGUGGUAAUCAUACAAUAUUACCACCUUGAAAGUAACCCUUAAGCCUCGCAAUCUCGACUUCUUUUGUGGCUAACCUCUCUUUAAGAUCAUCAAUUUCUUCACGCAUAAGACGAAGAGUUUCUCGGAUCGACUCCAAAGCAGGAUUUCCAUCCCUUGCAUAUUCAAAAGAGGUUAAAACGGCGAGAUAAUCCAGAUUUUGAGCAAUUAACCCAGAUCAAACUUAAAGCAAUUAAACCUUAACGGCGAGAUAACCCAGAUU